AUGGAUGCAACCAACGCUAUUACGGAAUUGACUGCCACUGAACAGAGGAUUAUCAAAAUUAAAUCGGAUAUAGAUCAAUUCGAUGAACUUCUAAAAAGUGUGACCAGUGGAUAUGGUGACAAAAACAGUCUUAAUGAAAAAUAUCAUAACUUGAUACUCUCUACUAAGGAUUUGUCGUCUCACCUGGCAGUUAUUCAAAGAGUGAUUGAAGUUGGAUCACAUAUUCCUGAUCUACGUGCACGAGCUCGUACUCUUAACACUCAAGCCAUAAACCAAUUAGGGCGUUUGCGAAAACUAGGCGGCAUUGUUCAACAGCAUGUUCGUAAUGAAAAAAAUGUGUUCUCAGUCAAUUGUCAAGGACAGUACCCGUCACUUGGUAUCUUCUCAAUUGAUCAAGAACCUUUAGAGCAGAAACAUAUUUCUUUAGAAUCAAAGGCAGAUAUCCAAAGAGCGCAUGAAAUGGAACAGUUAGAAUCUGAUAUAGUUCAAGUAAACGAACUUUUCACAACACUUGCUACAUAUAUUCACGAUCAAGGAACAUUAGUUGAUUCUAUUGGAGAUAAUAUAGAAGUAGCUUAUGAACAGGUUCAAAGUGGCACAGAACAAUUAAGCACUGCUACAAAACAUCGAAAAUCAGCACGACGAAAAAAGUGCAUAUGUCUUGGUCUUAUAUUAUUGAUUUUAUUUAUUUUAGCUUUAGCAAUAGGACUAUCUUUAAGACAAUAA